AUGGACGCCAACGCACCCACGGCUCAGAGGCCUUCGGCGCCGUGUGUCCAAGCCACGCCGGAAAUCUCGAUCCAACCCCCGCUCUCCCGGCGGGGAAAUGGUCCGGGCUUGGUGAUAAUUGUUCCACGGGAUCUCGAUUUGAGCCGGCAUGAGAAGACGCUAGAUCCCCCGCCGCAGCAAAAGUGGGCUGAGGAGGGAUACGCCGUUGCCCAGAUUCUCGACGACGGCAGGUUCAGCAUUGCUGACCAGCUCCGCCUCGCAAUUGCAAAGCUAGAGGAACUACCGGAGUGCUCGGGCGACAAGAUCGGCUUGGUUGUGAUACCUGAUGAGAACACGACUGGUCAUGCUCCCCUCCUCGACGCUAUCGAGGCUCACCCCAAGAUAGUGGGUGCGGUCUUCUACGGGAGUUAUCGCGGGGGCGGGCUCCCCGUUCCAGUGCUCGCGCACUUGCCACCCAGCAGCACCGACGCAGCUCGCGAUGCGGGGAGAAGGGCCGAGGGAUUGAGCGUCCACACCUACCCAGCAGCUGCCGGGCGUUUCUUCGUCGUUCCAGCGCACGCGGAUUACCGCUCUAGCGCCGCGGCGGUCGCACACACGCGGUCGCUGUCGUUUCUAAAGCCGCUGAUAGGGGGUCCCUACUUUGACCUCGAGGCCAUCUGGGAGGAGCACACGCGCUACGAGUUCGGCGAGCGCAGCGUCGAAGAGACAAUGGCCACAAUGGUCGAAGAGCCCUACGUCAACCAUGUGCCCACCCUGACAGGCGGGGUCGGAAGGGCAAACCUGACGGCAUUCUACCGGGACCACUUCAUCUUCAGCAACCCGGACGAUACGGCGCUAGAGCUGGUUAGCCGUACGGUGGGGAUAGAUCGGGUCGUUGACGAGUUUCUCUUCAACUGCACACACGACCGAGUCAUCGACUGGCUGAUCCCAGGUGUGCCCCCAACAUUCAAGCCGCUGAGCAUACCGUUCACAAGCAUCGUCAACAUCCGUGGCGACCGCCUCUAUCACGAGCACAUCGCCUGGGACCAGGGAACCGUGCUCCGGCAGUUGGGUCUGCUCCCAGAAUAUCUGCCCUUUCCGCACCCACUUCCGAGCGACACGGAGCGGGGGGUCGAGAAGCAGGUCGAAUACCGGGUACCUGUUGCGGGCGGGGUAACCGCACAGAAGCUGGUUGACGAAAAUGCGCUGUUAUCCAACGAAAUGAUCGCGUUCGAGACUCGGGAAGUGCCAGGAAAGAGCGAGUCUUGA